UAACCGUUUUCUAACAACUUCACCCUAACAACUUUAUAAGGUGAUACGUUGUGUUUACAGUUUGUCUCAACUGCCACACGGUGGCAAAAAAAGAGUCUGGAAUUACAGUUAUUGUAUGUCCUUUACAAAUACAUAAUAUUGUCUAAACUACACUGUAAACAGGAGCUGUAAGCGUAAGUCUGUAACUGUAUAAGCUAACAAGAGUGGGAGUUGACUUAUUGUCACAAUUCUUGUCGUCUUGGUAAUGACACUAUGAUAAUAUAAAUGUAGGCUACAUUGGAUAUUACUGUUACAGGUGAGUCGCUUUAACUGAACUGAGGGUUUUAUAGUGUACCGUUGAAAUAAUAAUUAUGCAUUUACAGUAUUUAUCUUUGAAAACAUAUCUGUGCGUCAAAAGCACUGCUGCCGAGUGAGACAGCGUCAGUCGGUGCCCCGACCUUUUUCACCAACAGCGCGUGACGUGAAUUACUGCGCGUGGGGAGAGAAAAUCCUCCUGACAUGGUUGCGACUGUUAAAGACAGAGAUACGUUUAGGCGCCGUUCAGUUGUGUGGGACACUGUGUGCACAGACUGAGCUUAAGGGUUGUAUGGCAGAUAGCCAAAGGUUUUUUUUUUCUUUUUUUUAUCAUGAAACCUGUAAAGAAAAUGGACGUGGGGCUCACUUUUCCUCCCCUCGCGCACAAGUCGAGCGCGCGCCACAUCCCAGACUAGUCUCCGGAGCCAGCAGUGCCUCCUCCGGGACUCUUCAACUCCAGGAGCAGCGAUGUCACGGUACUCAUUUCUGACAAUAUCUGUGUGUGUGCAAGAGGAGGACCUGAAUGGGAAAACCACGCCGCAUCCUUCUCACUGCGCCGCGCAGCUCAGUUCUGGACUAGUGAUGAAACUUUCUAAUAACCUGAAGCUCUUACUUUAUGUCGCGCCGGCAACAGAGGGGCUGAUUACAUCGAGCACAGGGCUGCUUUAAUUUAAAUGAACGUAUAGUUCAUAUACACUGUAGGAGAUGAAGGCAGACCGACGGACUAUGAACUUGUUCGUGUGGAUUUUAAACUUCUUCUUGUGCUGGACUUCUGUUGAUGCACAGAUGGGGUUUGAUGGUCCUCUCUCUGCACAGGAGCAGAUGUACAUCCUUUAUGAAAUCAAACUACAGUGCUACCAGAACCUCUCCAACAGUGACCCAGAUGAGGUGUGCCCUCCAGACUGGGACGGUCUUAUCUGUUGGCCCCAUGGCGCCUCUGGGCAUGUUACCAAGGUUCCCUGCCCGUCUUACAUCUAUGACUUCAAUCACAAAGGGCAUGCUUACAGGAAGUGUGAUGUCAAUGGUUCCUGGGUGUUCGUGGACCGCUGGAACAAAACGUGGACCAACUACUCAGAAUGUCUGCGCUUCCUUCAGCCCACUGAUGAGGAAGGGAGACAAGACUUCUUUGAGCGGCUGUAUAUCAUGUACACCAUUGGCUACGCUGUGUCCUUCAGCUCUCUGCUGGUGGCAAUCUUCAUCAUUGGUUACUUCAGGCGUCUUCACUGCACCAGAAACUAUAUCCACAUGCACCUGUUUGUUUCCUUCAUGUUACGGGCGGUCAGCAUCUUCGUGAAGGACAAAGUCGUCCACUCCAGCGCUGGACUGCAGGACUUUGAUUCAGCCCUGUUGGACAACUUAAAGACAGUUAGCAUGGCACCACUGGACACGUCUCAGUAUAUCGGCUGCAAGGUGACAGUGCUGCUCUUCAUCUAUUUCUUGGCUACCAACUACUACUGGAUCCUGGUUGAAGGCCUCUACCUCCACAGUCUCAUCUUCAUGGCCUUCCGAUCAGACUCCAAAUACCUCUGGGGCUUCAUCCUCAUUGGAUGGGGUGUUCCAGCUGUUUUUGUGGCAGUGUGGGCGGUUGUCAGGGCAACGCUAGCAGAUGCAAGGUGUUGGGAGUUAAGUGCUGUUAACAUCAAGUGGAUCUACCAGGUUCCCAUCCUGACAGCGAUUGGGCUCAACUUUAUCUUGUUUGUGAAUAUCGUACGAGUGUUGGCUACUAAAAUUCGAGAGACCAACGCAGGGAGAUACGACACCAGGAAACAAUACAGGAAGCUUGCGAAGUCCACCCUUGUGUUAGUGCUGGUGUUUGGAAUUCACUACAUCAUCUUUGUUGGGAUGCCUCUUACAUUUGAGGGACCCAGCUGGGAGAUCCGCAUGUACUGUGAGCUGUUCUUCAACUCCUUUCAGGGUUUCUUUGUGUCCAUUAUCUAUUGCUACUGCAACGGAGAGGUCCAGACAGAGAUAAAGAAAACAUGGACUCGCUGGAACCUUGCCUUUGAGUGGGAGGGCCCAGUGGUCUGCGGCCGCUACCGUUACGGCUCUGUCGUUGUCGGCAUCAACAACAACAGCGCCAGCAGCCAGUCCCACCUGGCAGGGGGCGGCCUUUCCACGCGCUCCACCACGCUUGUUUCAAGCCGUGUUUAUCGGAGCACGGGUCCUCCCGGAGUUAGCAUGCAUGCCACUCUCCCAGGAUACGUGAUCAGUAACUCGGACCCAUCCAUACCUGAAGAACUUGAGGACAGCGGCCCCAAGCGAGUGGACGAUAUCUCGCUGAAGGAAAAUCUGCCUGUCCCUAGUGCCAGUGCAACAGCUGAGGAUGAAGACGAAGAAACACUUUAGCAGCCCAAGAAUGAAUAAAUGUAAAACAAUAUCAGCUGAGACUGACACAGACCACAAACUGAGCUGGUGACAGUAAAAGCAGAUGUUUAUAAUGUCUCCUAGCUACAUUUUUCACUCACCAUAUUUAGCCUUGGUGUUAGAUGUUGUUGACUGCUGAUUGUUUGCAUUUGGACAUAUCUGUAGGAGUGAAAGGGUGUGAGGUGCCAAAAGGUGAAGUGCAACUCACUCAAUCAACAAACAUAGACUGUGGUUGUCUGACUUAAUGGAAAUGUAUUUCAUUGUUUCCAGUAAAGUGCACUUUUGCUGCUGUGACCUUCCCACAUCUGAUGAUCAUGAUAAUCCACAAUAGGUUAAAAGCACACAAAGCUUGAGAAAAGUAUACAUAGACAAUAGCAUUAACUUGUGGACACGGUUGGUAAGCAAAAAGGUUGAUGUAUGCUUUUAAAAAUGAAAGGCAGCCGCAGCAGCAUGGUAGCUGUCGGUGCAUACAUAUGGAAAGCAUAAUGAACCCCCCACUGAAUUUGCACAUACUAUAGAUUACUGUUAUUUUUUUCUGCCAAAUUCCAAAGAUAAAUAUAAAAGGUAAUUUACAGCCAUUCACAGUUUCUAUGAAGUUUUAAGCAGAUUCCCUGCUGGCUUAAUUACAAUUCCAGAUAAUGACAGUAUCCGUCACGCAGAGGGAUAAUGCAUCCUGAUGAAUCCUUGUUAUGGACCAAUUCAUGGUCACAGUAAACCAAUGUGCUUGCUUGUACAGUCAGCCCAUUUUGUGAAGAGAAACGUACUAUCUGCAGCUGCCAAAUGGAACUAAAUGGAACCUCUGCAGAAUAUAUUUUUAUUCAUGCUUUUUAUUAUCUUGAACUGCUGUCAUCUGUGGAUUCACUUGCCGUGUUUACUGCUACUAAGCAAGUACCACAACAAUUAUCAGUCAGUAGCACAUCAAAUGUAACAUUAAGACAGCAUAAAAAUCCUGUUGCUGUUAUAUGUUUUUGUAUUUUUGACAAUCAACUAUUGUGCUGACCGUGAAGGGCUACAUAUGGUGGCUGCUUUAAAGUCUUGUCUCUGCUUUGUGCAUGCAUGUUUGUCAGUACAUUAGAUGCAGUGCUUGUCAGAAAAAUGUAAUCUUGAUCGUACACGUGCCUCUCCUGUUCUAGCAGAAGCUUUUAAAAAAUUCAAUGAAAUCUUUUGAAUAUUGCCUGUUGGUGUGUAAAUGCAUUUUUCCAUUUUCUUUGUUGUUCUCUUCUUCUUUAUUGCCCUUC